AUGAUUGGUAGUAGUGGUUAUGAGUAUGUUCACAGAGCACGAAUCUACUCACCAUCACCAUCAGUAAAGCGAAUCAUCUGCUCGUACAAUACACUGCCAAGCAUCAGUUUACUUGCUCGAAACGAACACUCCUCGAGCACAACUAACCCUUCAUCGCCAACUCAACCAACUACCCUAAAUGAAUUAACACCGAAUCCAUCAUCAACUCAACUAUCGAAACGUUCGCAUCAUCCAAUUGAUAGUGUAAUUGGAUGCAAAAGGAUCAGAUCAGAGUGUGCGUCAAUCUCAUCUAUCCAAAGCACAUCUGAAUCGAAUGGAUUGCUACCAUCUUCAUCUACAUGCACUUAUCAUCAACUCAAUUUCACCAACCCAAUCACUCGUAAUAACACUCCAUCAGAUGUUCCGACCUUGACCGUAUCACUCUCACCGACAUAUCGACAUAUCUGGCUGGAACUGCAACGUAAAAGUGAUCUGUUAAGGCGACAGGUUAUGCAGAAAGAAAUGGAACUUCGUGUGCCUGAUGUAGGUUCGUUUCAGAAGAUGGAAAGAACACGGCGUUGCAACUGCUCGUUAUGGUUUCGAAUUGUGUUAUUGAUAACGACUGUGUAUGCUGGUUCUCUGAAUGUUUAUGAAGUGAAUAAGAUCACGUAUGACUUCGAUAUUAGUAACGUACCGAUCGGAUUUGACAAUAUCGAUCUGUCUUCGAUUCAUUCCAUCCAUAUCUCGUCUUUAUUAUCCAAGUUGAAGGAAACAAAGAAGAGCGAUGAUGAAUCAGCUUUAAUAGUGACAAAUGAAAAUGGUCAGAAAUUUGAGUGUGAAUUGCCAAUUAUCAAAGAAGUUGGUAAUAAUGAUAAAUCAGAUGAAUCGUCGUCGCUAACUCAAAAUAUUGUGAGCGAUGUUCUGUCAGCUGCAUUUUACGUCAGAAAUUGUCUUAAAAAGAAUUUUGGCUGGUGGACUUAUGAAUUAUGUUUUGGAAAGUAUAUUCAUCAGUUGCAUUACGAAGGGACUAAUGUAGUUGAUGGACCAAUAUCAUUGGGCAACUAUUCGGAUGAUGCAGAAAUAACAGAAACAAAAUCGCAUUUGAAAAGUGAUCAGCAACUCUAUUUCGAGCAGCAUUACACGAACGGAUCUAUGUGUGAAUUGAUCGGCAAGCCGAGAGUGACCACUGUAAAGUUUGAAUGCGAUGAAACGCUGUCGACGAAUGAGGCUUAUUUGGACGAGGUGGACGAGCAGUCGACGUGUAGAUAUGUGGUCAGAGUGAAGGUCGGCUCGUUGUGCAAACUGAACGCAUUCAAGCCAAGUGCCGCAUCGAACUCACUCCAGCACCACACUGCAGUGCUUUGCAGACCAUUGCUCGAGGAACAUCAAGCCGUCACAUUCGUUCACUCCCUUAUCAAUCGACAUCGUCACAAGAUGCUGGUACAAAAACAAAUAGACGAUUUGAUUGAGCGUAUAACGAGUCUCAAAAGGCAGUUGAAACUACACAAACGAUCUGCAUCAGUAUCACCUUUCACGAAAAACAAAUAUUCAAAAUUCAAUAAGAAGCUUACAAGUCAGCUCGACUCUCUUCAUAAAACGCUCAACAAGCUUACUUCUGAAGUUGAAGGUGUUCAAUUCGAUAAGACUAUCAUUAUUGACGAUGAUGAGGAGGAUGAAUUCGAAGUGAGUGAAUGGGAUAAAGAUCGCGAGUCGUUGUAUUGGUACUUUAAAGACAUUCAUUUCGACAGGUCCUUCUUUCCAGCCACAAUUCAGUACGUACGUGCCAAGAACGUCUAUUACUUGAAGCUAUCCAGUUACUAUAAGAAGCUCGGUGAAGGCUUUGAUGACUCGUCGUAUCCAUAUGCCAGAUUCAUCAGCGACGUCGAUAGCGGCCGCAUAUCCGAAUUGGAUCUGUCAAUCAUCCUCGGUCCUCUCAAAGAGGUCUUCGACGAACACCUCAUUCCUGGAGUGCUUCCUGACCACAUCAGUGUAACCAGAGCAGUACCAUUAUUCGAAAAUAUGUACACAAGUGAAGAAACGAUCAAUGGUUUGAUUGGUGCUUUUCAAAAGUCAGUUAUCUCGUUUCUAGUUCAACAGCUGGAUAACAAUAAUAGUAUCGAUAGUCGUGAUGUAAUUUCGAAGUGUUCUCGGCAACUACUCAAAAUCAGAGCAGUGGUAUGUUUUAAUGUAUAUAAUGAUGCCGUUGAGCUCGUUUGGCGAUCGAAGGGAAUAUUCGAUAAAACACUUAUGCCGCUUUAUAGUGAUCGUGAUAUUGUUGACGACAGUGGUUUGUUUUCAUUGGUGAUUCUUUUAUGGACUUAUAUUGAUAUUGUGAUAGUGAUAAUGAUGGUAUUAAUUGAAGAAGUGAAGAUCCAUUUGAUAACAACGAAUGACAAUAUGGACUGGAUUGAUAAUCGAUUGAAUUCUUUGAUCGAUGCGUUCAUCGAUGAGCAGAAGUGGCUGAACGAUGAGCGAGAGAAGUACAGUCGGAUGGUGGAUGCGUAUAACUUCGAUGUAAAUAUGGGUUCAGAUGGCACUAACAAAAGGAAUGUGAAAGAGGAACGAGACACGAACAGCGGUGCGGUCUUACCGAUCCUCAGAAGGGUGAUCGUCUAG